UCCAGCCAUGGUUUUGGGUCCCAGGUGGCUGGAGCAGCCAACAUCUCUCCCGAUUUGUGACUUAGCCUUGGUUAGGAAAGACCUCUCCCCCUAGUCAGUUCAACAUCGUGGAGCGCCCAUAGCCGUGUUGGCGUUUUGUUUAAGCCAUGCGCUAGAUGGUGGUGUUCUGUAAGCAGUAAGACCAGUUUGGAUAUUUCUAUUUGAACCACCAGAGGAGCUAUUUCCUACUCGUUCGUAACGUUAGUUUGUGUGAGAGACUUCGACGUGAACGAGGUUAUUCAGUUGAAUGCAAGUGCUAGCGUGAUGAUGCUAAGCUAGCUGGCGGUCAGGCAUCCACGGGUUUUGCUGCUGAGUUAGCUACCAGAUGCGCCUGGUCGUAUCCUGCUGGUCGUCUUGACAUUCCCUCAACGUCCUGGACGAAUUCGUGUCGACUGACCAGAGUCCGCGAAUUCAGGUCCACUCCCGAUCUAACCUUUCCCCGCUAGGUUAAGUGAACUCGCCGGCUAACGAGAGUGAAUACUCGCAGAACCGGACUGCCGAGAGUUCCACCUUAGGACCGCACCCAGACAAGAUGUCUCUUCAUCAGUUUCUGGUGGAACCCAUCACCUGCCACGCAUGGAACCGCGACAGGACACAAGUUGCCAUCAGUCCUAAUAACCAUGAAGUGCAUAUCUACAAGAAGAGCGGCAACCAGUGGGUCAAGACCCAUGAGCUGAAGGAGCACAAUGGACAUAUAACAGGUAUUGACUGGGCUCCCAAAAGUGACCGUAUAGUGACAUGUGGAGCAGACCGUAAUGCCUAUGUGUGGUCCCAGAAGGAGGGGGUAUGGAAGCCAACACUGGUCAUCCUCAGGAUCAACCGAGCUGCCACCUUUGUCAAGUGGUCUCCACUGGAGAACAAGUUCGCAGUUGGCAGUGGGGCUAGACUCAUCUCUGUCUGCUACUUUGAGUCUGAGAAUGACUGGUGGGUCAGCAAGCACAUCAAGAAGCCAAUCCGCUCCACUAUCCUCAGUCUGGACUGGCAUCCCAACAAUGUCCUACUGGCUGCGGGAUCCUGUGAUUUCAAGUGCAGGGUGUUCUCAGCCUACAUUAAGGAGGUGGAAGAGAAACCAGGCCCCACACCCUGGGGCAGCAAGAUGCCAUUUGGAGCUGUGCUAGCAGAAUUUGGAGGAGCGGGUGGAGGGGGUUGGGUCCACUCAGUCUCUUUCUCAGCCUCUGGUAACCGCUUGGCCUGGGUUAGCCAUGAUAGCACUGUCACUGUGGUAGACAGCUCUAAGACUGCCAGUCCUUCACAGCUGAAGACAGAGUUCCUUCCUCUCCUCUGUGUCAUUUGUCUAUUAGCUGCGGGCCACGACUGUUGCCCCAUGCUGUUCCGUUGCGACGAUGGUGGAACGCUGACAUUUGUGUCAAAGCUCGACCUCCCCAAGCAGAGUAUCCAGAGGAACAUCUCUGCCAUGGAGCGCUUCAGGAACAUGGACAAGAGAGCCACCACAGAGGACCGCAACACUGCCCUGGACACACUACACCAGAACAGCAUCACCCAAGUGUCUGUCUAUGAGGGAGACAAAAGGGACUGUCGCAAGUUCUGCACCACAGGCAUCGAUGGAGCGAUGACCAUUUGGGACUUCAAGAGUCUAGAAGCUUCUAUCCAAGGUCUCCGCAUCAUGUGAAGAAAUCUUGUGAAUGAAUAGACGCUGCAGCCUCACAUCUCUCCCUCUCACCCUCCCAGUCCUCACCCUUCCUCCCACUGCAAGACAGCCAGUAACAUGCAUAACUGACCACCUUAUUGUCUGCUGAAGCACUGAUCAGACCAUAACACACUCUUGUGGGCGUGUGCCUACACUCUCACACACUAAAAUAUACGCAUACACACACACACACACCAAGCUGACGUGUGACAUUACUGUUAAUUUUUUUUGUUGUUGUUUUUAAAUGAACGUUAACAGGUGUCAAAGCGGGAAGGUCCUCUGACACGUAUUAAAACGUGAUGUGAAAUGUGUUUUUAUGUUCUCUAACCUCGUGUACCAAAAGUUGAACACUAAGAGGUGCGUUUUAUCCAAAAAUCGGGACUGUUUCACCUCACUUUAACCCCAACAUGGUUUCAGAAUAUUGUUUGGUAGAUUGGAGGACAUGAUUAACUUCCUGGAGUAUAUUAAAUAUACUCCUGUUGGGUUCAGCUGUCUAGGUUGGGAUUUGGGUUAUUGAUAUUCUGAAGCCAUGUUGCUGGUUGGCUGUAGAGAGCUGUACAGGGUCUGAUGGUGGAGAGAGAAAGCAGCAGUCUUAGCUGUGUGCGGAGUCACAGCUGGCCAGCACUAGGCUCUGUAGCUACUACACUAAAACGAGAUGGAGGAUUUCUAUGUAACUGACCAUGAGGUAGACAUGAAAAUAAAGAUUGAAAAACAUUUACAAUACACAACUCACUUGACUGCUGUCUUCUCUUAUAUUUGCCUCUGACACAGUGGGCAGGUAGCGUGUUUGUGCUUGUGUGUUUUAGAUACCAGAUAAAAUCUUUCAAAUAGAAGGUGGGUUUCCUGCAUUAUUGGAUGCAAAUGACAAUACUGGUUGUGUACUAGAUUAGCAGUUUUCCAUCAAAAUGCACUGUUCUUGACACCUGACAAACAUGCUGAAUGUAUAUUCCCUUCUGAAACAGUUGUAGAACCAGCUCGUAGUGUGUUUUUUUUUGUUUGUUUUUUUACUACAUACUAGGGAGUAGUACUGACAGGAGCAAUGCAUGUUGCGUAAUGUGCAUGCCUGUGCACGGUGCAAACAAAAUGAGGGGUGGGGCACCCACAAAAACACAUUGCUCCACUUGUGAAGAACUCCAGUAAUUCACACAGUGUAGAAUUA